AUGGCGCCUUUUGAACUACCUCAAUUUCAGUCUACAGCUAUCGAAUCUAUACCUAGCACUGUCGCCCGCUGCAGGAAUACCUUUCGCUCGCAAAAGACAAAACCAAUCGAAUAUCGUAUCCAUCAGCUACGAAAUCUUUACUGGGGACUGACUGAUUAUUCGGAUGCUAUAGUCAAGGCUUGCAAGCAAGAUCUUGGAAAACCUGUCUACGAGACUUACUUGACCGAAAUAGAUUGGUGCAAGAACGAUAUCAUUUUUGUGACGGAAAACUUAAAGAAGUGGAUGAAAGAUGAAGCUGCAUGUGAUAUGCCGCUUAGUUAUUCAUUCGUUCGACCCAGAAUACGAAAAGAACCUUUAGGCACUGUCUUAGUUAUUGGCGCAUACAACUUCCCCUUCCAAUUAUCUCUCUGUCCGUUCAUUGGUGCCAUCGCAGCUGGCUGCACUGGGGUCUUGAAGCCAUCGGAGGUAUCUCCUGCGUCAGCAAUGGUACUUCGGACAAUAUUCGAAAAGUAUCUCGAUCCAAGUGCUUUCACAAUCGUCAAUGGUGCUGUUCCUGAGACAACUGCUUUGCUGGAAGAGAAGUGGGACAAGAUUUUCUACACUGGCAAUACACAGGUUGGAACUAUAAUAGCCAAGAAAGCUGCCGAAACACUUACGCCAGUUUGUCUUGAGCUCGGGGGUCGUAAUCCAGCAAUUAUCACGAAUAAUGCGGACCCAAGACUUGCAGCUCGUCGUCUCAUAUGGGGCAAGUUAAUGAACGCCGGUCAAGUGUGUAUCAGUCAAAAUUAUAUUCUUGUUCAGCGCGAUACUCUGUCAGCUGUUGUGGAACAAAUGAGCCUUGCUCUUAAUGAAUUCUAUCCUAAUGGCCAAAAGCUUAGUAGGGACUAUGCACGGAUAGUCAAUCAACGUCACUUUUCACGCAUAAAAAAGAUGCUAGAUGAAACUCGUGGAAAGAUUUUAAUAGGUGGAGGCAUGGAUGAGGCUGAUAACUUUAUAGAAAUCACUAUUGUCGAGGUUACAGAUACAGAUGACUCAAUGAUCGCGAAUGAAUCUUUUGGGCCAUUAAUCCCUCUACUAGUAUUUGACGACUUGGAAGAAGCUAUUCGUUUAGCAAAUUCUAUUCAUUCGACACCUUUAGGACUCUACGCAUUUGGUAGCAGUAAUGAGACUGAAAAAAUGCUCAACGAAAUUACUUCUGGCGGCGCUUCUAUAAAUGAUGCGUUUUUCCAUGGCUCAAUCAGAACUCUACCUUUUGGCGGUGUUGGGGACUCAGGACAAGGUGCCUACAGAGGAAAAUCAUCCUUCGACACCUUCACACAUUUUCGCUCUGUCACAACCACACCUGCCUGGAUGGAAAAUCUUCUUAGCUUAAGAUAUCCACCUUAUGACGGCAAAUUAAAAAAAGCAAGGGCUCUGAACGAUUUAAAACCAAACUUUGAUAGAGACUGCAAAGAAAUUAAGGACUCACGCUACUGGGUGAAGUUAUUACUCAGUCUCGGUGGCGGAUCUAUUUACCUUUCUCUCACAAAAUGGGCAACCAUCAUACUGAUUGCACUUGCAGCGAAAAGCUUGGUGAAUUUAAACGCGUUACCUGCUUGGUUAACGACAUGGAAAACUGAAGAUUUAUUGUAG